GGAGAAGUUUCCUUUCCCUUGUCCUUGCUUGCAGGCUAUCAUUUCCCUUCUCUCCCUUUUUUCCCCGUCUUCCUUCGUUCCGGAUCUGAAUUCUGAUCUCCGAACGCUUCCUCCUCUCAAUAUCGAUCAUGGCGAUGACUAAAAGCUCCUUUAAGAUGGAACACCCUCUCGAAAGGAGGCAGGCAGAAGCUGGUCGCAUCAGAGACAAAUAUCCUGAUAGAAUUCCUGUGAUUGUGGAAAGGGCUGAGAAGAGUGAUGUCCCUGACAUUGACAAGAAAAAAUACUUGGUUCCUGCUGAUCUCACUGUUGGCCAAUUCGUGUACGUGGUCCGAAAAAGGAUCAAGCUCAGUCCAGAGAAGGCUAUUUUCAUCUUCGUGAAGAAUAUACUACCACCUACUGCUGCCAUGAUGUCAGCAAUAUACGAAGAAAACAAGGAUGAAGAUGGAUUUCUUUACAUGACAUACAGCGGUGAAAACACAUUUGGGGUCUAUUGAAAUGUCGCAAUGACACAUCUGUGUGAUCAAGCCACGCAAAAGAAAUAAAAAAGGAAGAAGCUAGAUUAGUUGUAAAUUCUUUACUACCACCCUUGUUUGCUGCUGUCUUCAAGUAAACACUGGUCUCUGACUUUUCUUGUUAUCUUCGGAUAAUUGGCUGUCUAUAUUAAGUGAACUAUUCUCCAA